CAAUAGUGUAAAAAUACUAAAAGAUUUAUUUUUAGUGUUAUAUCGAAUACUGGACGUCUUUAAAUCUUGUGACAGGUAUAGUUAAACAAUCUGACAAUUUGGAGUUGUUUAUUAAUAUUGAAGACCUGAAGUAUAAAAUUUUACACGAACCAUCUCAUAUUUCCUGGUUUCUGUUAAUGGAAUAACUUUUACUUAUUGAAAUUCAAUAUUUGGAAAUCAUGGAAAGUGAUGACUGUUUUUCCGAACCAGAAAUUGAAGCACAGGACCAAAGAAUACUGGGAAUUUCGCCUCCACGAAACAUGGAAGGAAUGAUGGAUAGCAAUGAAAUGGAUGCGGAAGAUGACACAAAUGAACAACCAUUCACAUAUGAUGUUAAAUUUGAUGAAAAUAUUGGAUUGAUUGAGAUGGAUACAGCACAGCAAGUAACAGUUGAAAUUAAACCUUCAGAUAAAGUUCAACAGAUAAAUGUAUCAUGUCCGCCAAGUUUCUUUGGCACAAAUAAUGGAACUUGUGAUUAUACAUCAGCACUUAGUCCCACAUCCAGAACAAGACUAUCAGAUUCAGUAAUUCCACUCAGAGAUGGUGAAAUGAAUCAAGAUUUGCGUGAGAAAUAUAGAGAAGAAAGAGACUCUUGUACGAAACAUUUUGACAUGUGGUCUGAACAAGAACAGACAGAUUUUGUUCAACACCUCUUAUCGCGGAUGUGUCAUUAUCAACAUGGUCAAAUCAAUACAUUUCUUAAACCAAUGUUGCAAAGGGAUUUUAUUACUGCUUUACCUGAGCGGGGAAUGCCUCAUGUUGCUGAAAAUAUUUUAACUUAUUUGGAUGCCAAAUCACUCUGUGCAGCAGAAAGUGUUUGUCGAACAUGGUACAGAGUUAUACAAGAUGGGAUGCUGUGGAAACGUCUCAUUGAAAGAAAUGUACGAACUAAUUCGUUGUGGAAAGGACUGUCUGAAAGGAUGGGAUGGGCCCAAUAUUUAUUCAAAGGAAAGACAGGGGAACAAGUUCCUGAUUCAUAUUUUCGUGGUUUAUAUCCAAAGGUUAUUGAAGAUAUAGAGAAAAUUGAAUACAAUUGGAGAUGUGGAAAGCACAGGUUGGAGAAAAUUCAAUGUCGGAGCGAAAACAGUAAAGGGGUAUAUUGCUUGCAAUAUGACGACGAUAAAAUUGUAUCUGGAUUGCGAGACAACACUAUUAAAAUGUGGAAUAGAAAAAGUUUAGAAAAUGUCAAGGUGCUCACUGGUCACACGGGAUCAGUUCUCUGUCUACAGUAUGAUGAUAAAGUUAUUAUUACAGGAUCAUCUGACUCUACUGUAAGAGUAUGGGAUGUGCACACAGGAGAUAUGGUAAACACACUUGUACAUCAUUGUGAAGCUGUAUUACAUCUACGAUUUGCUGAUGGACUUAUGGUAACAUGUUCCAAGGAUCGAUCAAUAGCUGUGUGGGACAUGGUUUCCGCUACUCAAAUUAACAUGAGAAGAGUGUUAGUCGGGCAUAGAGCUGCUGUAAAUGUAGUUGAUUUUGAUGAUAAAUAUAUUGUAUCAGCAUCCGGAGAUAGAACUAUAAAGGUUUGGAGCACUUCAACAUGUGAAUUUGUGCGUACUUUGAAUGGUCAUAAACGUGGUAUUGCUUGUUUGCAAUACAGAGAUCGCUUGGUUGUCAGCGGAUCAUCGGAUAAUACGAUAAGAUUAUGGGAUAUUGAAUGUGGUGCUUGCCUUAGAGUUUUAGAAGGACAUGAAGAGUUAGUUAGAUGUAUUCGAUUUGACAACAAGCGUAUUGUCAGUGGAGCUUAUGAUGGAAAAAUCAAAGUAUGGGACUUACAAGCUGCCCUUGAUCCUAGGUCACCUUCUGGAACUUUGUGCUUACGGACACUUGUGGAACACACUGGCAGAGUAUUCAGACUCCAAUUUGAUGAAUUUCAAAUUGUCAGUAGUUCUCAUGAUGAUUCCAUUCUUAUUUGGGAUUUUUUAAAUGUAGCAACCCCUGAAGAAGAAAGCAAAGCUCCCCCUCGGACGUACAAUUAUGUCCCAAACUUUGGAAAUGUUGCUAUCAACUAAAACUUACAUUGCUGCCUCUACAGAACGCUUGAUACCGUGUUACGGUGUAAACAAUUUGCGAAAAAGUGCUACUACUCAUCGUCUGCUUCUCUCCCACGAGUCUGCACACAAUGAAGUAUAAUAAUACUAGGAAUGACUGAUGAUUUAUUUUUGUAUGUUUGUUGUUCCUCCUGUGUAUAUUACUAUUUGUAUGUUUGUUUGUUUAUGUGAUAAAGCUGAAAGCGAGGUAAUGCCACAAGCAGUUUGCUACGAUCCAUUUUUUUUAUAUAAAAUGCAGAGCAGGAAGGAACCCAACUCAACAUGUAUGGUAAAACGGUUUGGUUAGAAGACUAAAAAUCUAAGCUCUUAAGUUAUAACAUAUACAAUUUGUGCACAAUAUUUUUUCUCGGUUGUCAUGAUCCUGGUGUAUCAAUGAAGAAUUCAUAUUGUAAUUGUCACAAAAAACAGCAUUUUGUACAGUCUAUAUAAAUGAAUAAAAUCAGUCUUAUUUAUAAA